UACCCGGCAAGCCUUUACAAUCAUCCCAGCUCAGGAGUUUCCUAUAUGCAGAUACACUAUGGUGAUUGUACCAAACUUGUGACAACUAGAGGGACCAAGCACAAUGACAAGUACAAAGCACAUCAUCCACCAGCUGUGCAAAACUCCCUCUUAACUUCUCUCAAGACACAUCGAACACAAUGGCCACCCCACCGCAACCUCCCCCCGGCUCCGUCCUCGACUUCCUGCUCAACGAGCCGCGAUACGUGCCAAUCUUCGAACGCAUCGUGCACCACCUCUCUCCCGUCGACCUGGUCCGCUUCCGCCGUGUCAACCGCGCAUUGAACGCCGCGGUAUCCACUGCGCUUCGAACGCAGUGGAGCAUCGACAAAGCCCUAGCUCACUACUUCAAAGACCCCGAAGCUUUCCGCAACGUGUUAGGCCAAGUCUCAGGGGUGCUCUCCGGCGGUUUCGCCCUCCGCUUCUUCGACCGCUUAUCGAACGAGGAGGGGGAGGUGUGGUGCCGGGAUCUGGAUGUUUUUGUGUGGGGAAAACAGCCUGAGACGGAGCUGUUGACGGAAUACGUAAGAAAAGAGGGGCAUGUGAGCCCACAGACUAUUACGGAGGAGCCUACGACGGUGAGUGCUUACCCUUCCUCCCCCCUCUCCCAGCUUCGAGAUACUAGCACCCCCCAGGUCGAGCGAUACGAGCUCCCAACCUCCGACCACGCCAUCAACAUCAUCUUCACCCCCUCGCCGCCCAUCAUCACGGUUCUAGUUCUAAAGGGCCUCUUCCCCCUCACCGCAUUCGCGAACAUCAUCACCUCCACGAAGGCGUACGCCCCCUUCGCCAAAUGGACCUUCAAAGCCCACCGCUCCUACCUCCUCGGCCCAGACAGCGGCGGCUCGAACAUCACGCCCAGCCUCGCCAUCUGCGCCGCGACAGGCCGCGAGGUGCACGACGUCGAGAUCGCGUCGCAGAAGCGUCCGCAGCCACACCUCGGGAUACGCAGCUUGGGCGAUGGGCAGACGUGGUGCAUCCCGCUCACCACCGAGGGCGUCACGCCACCCCAGCUGCCGGAUUUUGUGGUGGAUGGGACGAGUUUCAUGAUCAGGGCGCGAGAGAGCGGCCUUUUUGGCCGGUUCGGGGGAGCAGCGAAUCAGCAUACGGACUUUUACGACGUGAAGGUCAAGGAGGUUGAGCAUGUUGCGUUGGAGCACCCGUGGAUAGGGCUGCAAGAGGUGAAGAAACGGGUUCAUUCGGCCUUGGUGUUGCAAUUGAUGGCAAUGCCGAAGGAGACGCGGCCGGUGGAUUUGGAGAAGUUUGGGGUUGAUUCGGUUAUGGCGCAGCCUAAGGCGUUCGAGCCGCUGAGUUGGUUGGAUGGGCUUGUGUUGGAAUGGGUCGAGGAGAUGACGGGAUAGGAUGGCGCUCUGCCGCCGUCUGAGGUGGCUCGGUAAGGUUUCAGGCCUGCCAAAAAAUUAGAUCAUACCAUGACUUGAAUUGAUGAAAAUUCUUUGAAGCACCCCGAACGGUGUCAGAAAGAUGCAAAGAAAUCGUUGCCCCAGUACUAUACACAUCGUAGAGCCGCUGAUUAUCUCCCCCAUGUCAAUUCCCAAAGCCCGAUUUGCAGAGCCAUGCCAAGGUCUUAGUACUAACCCACGGGAUUCCGAGCAUUGUAGGAUGGGAUGGUGAACUGGAGGACUUCAGACGGCGCUUUUGCAUUGUCAAAGCGCAACAUCAAGGGCCUGAUAUUGUCGUGCUAGAUAUAUGGUCA